ACACAUUGCUGCUUUUAAUUCUAGGCACAUUCGCGGAGGAAUUUACCAUCCAUCAUCUUUCCUUCUUCAGCGGCGUCGACGCUCUUCCCGAUUUAUUUUAACUUCACUAGCUGUACGGUUUUGUACAAAAUCUAUUCUGUCUUUUGAAAAUAUACAAUUGCGCUGAAAUUUGUUUUCCCUGAUGAUAUGGAUUAAUUUGUUGAUGCCUACAGAAAUUGCCUGGACACAAUUGUUCCACCUGACCAUGCAGAAAACCCCGGGGAUAACAACACACUGCAAGGAUUAGUGUAGUUCAUAAAGAUCGCUGCUUUUUGUAUACACAUCAUAUUUUUUUAUACCGGAAUCGCUUUAUUAAAUUAUAGCCGGUUUUUCUAAGAAAAGGAACAAGGAAGAAAGGAAAGAAGGAAACCCUCAAGCAGAGUCAUGUCCUUCAGGAGGGGUGUUGUCAGGCAGAGUAAGUUCAGGCAUGUGUUUGCCCAGGCUUGGAAGGCUGAGCACUGCCUCGAUGAUGUCAGAGUAUCACGCGUGACAUGGGACGGUCCACUGUGCGCCACCAAUCCCAAGUUCAUUGCUGUUGUCAUUGAGGCCGGAGGAGGCGGAGCCUUUCUUGUGUUACCACUCGCCAAGAGCGGUCGAGUGGACCAGAACACCCCGACCGUGUGCGGUCACGCGGCUCCGGUGCUGGAUGUGCAGUGGUGCCCACAUGAUGACAAUGUUAUUGCCAGUGCCUCAGAGGACUGCACUGUCAAGAUUUGGCAGAUUCCUGACGGAGGUCUGACAUCUCCCAUGUCUGAAGCAGUUGUGACUCUCGAGGGCCACAGUAAAAGAGUGGGCAUCCUGGCCUGGCACCCUUCUGCUCUCAAUAUCCUGUUGACUGCAGGAUGUGAUAAUGUCCUGUGUGUGUGGGAUGUGGGCACCGGGGAGCUGGUGUACCAGCUGAGUGACGCCCAUCCAGACCUGAUAUACAGCGUGAGCUGGAACCGCGAGGGCAGCGUCCUGUGCACCACCUGUAAAGACAAAGCCUUACGAGUCAUUGAUCCCCGGCGUGGAACAGUCAUUAAGGUGCGGGAGAAGGCUCAUGAGGGCACCAGGCCGAUGAGGGCCGUGUUUCUGGCUGAUGGGAAAAUCCUGACAACCGGCUUCAGUCGCAUGAGCGAGAGACAGCUCGCCCUCUGGGACACGAGGGAUCUUUCUGAGCCAAUGGUUUCUCAGGAAAUAGACACCAGUAACGGAGUUCUGCUUCCAUUCUAUGAUCCAGACACCAACAUGGUUUACUUGUGCGGCAAGGGAGAUUGUACUAUUCGUUACUUUGAGGUGACAGAUGAGUCCCCGUAUGUUCAUUUCCUGAGUCUGUACAGCAGUAAGGAGCCGCAGAGAGGUGCUGGUUUCCUAAGCAAACGAGGAGUAGAUGUCAACAAGUGUGAAAUAGCAAGGUUCUACAAACUGCAUGAGCGGAAGGUCGAGCCCAUAUCUAUGACUGUGCCGCGCAAGGUACGUUCAGUCUGCAUGUCAGAGCGACCACUCGUACAAUUCUGAAUUUUGUGUGUUAAGCGAGUAUGAAAGGAAAGUUACUAAGUAAGACCUUUAGAACAGUUGAAUUUCUGUCUGAAAUACUGAGACAGGAAGUUCACUGAAAAUUACCAUGUUCUAAAAUACUCUCUUAAACUACUUUGGUGUCCCCAUUUUGUAAGGCAGCUAUCAGCCAUAUUGACUCCAAAAAAUAUGUUCAAAUGGUGAGGAUAUGCUCAUUUUUACUCAAGUUGUCAUAUUGAGGAAUGACAUCAUCGGUUUCAAAACAAAACAAUGAACAGACAGAACCAAAUAUGCUGGCUGAUUUUUGAAAAAUCUCCAAGU